AUCGCCUUAUCCAAACUCACACACACCACCCAUAUCAAAUCCCACAAACACCUCCAUCAAUAAUCUUUUCCCCUCCGUCUUAUUGAACCAGCACCCUCCUACAGACCCAUAUCACCCAACACCCUCGAAUCUCCAAUUCCUCGUGGUCAUGGCAGCUCAAGCCUCUCUCUUUACUCCUCCAACCCUCUCCACCCUAAAAUCAAGCAACCAGGCUAUUGUUCCAUGGAAACAGGCAUCUUUUUUACCAAUAUCUAAUGUUAAGCCACAAAGAACCAUGAAGGUUGCUGCUGCAGAGGAAACAGCUGUCAAAGAGGCUCCGGUGGGCUUUACUCCACCAGAGUUGGACCCGAGUACCCCAUCACCAAUUUUUGGUGGAAGCACUGGUGGGCUGUUGAGGAAAGCCCAGGUGGAGGAGUUUUAUGUGAUUACAUGGGACUCCCCCAAGGAACAGAUAUUUGAAAUGCCUACUGGGGGUGCUGCCAUCAUGAGGGAAGGCCCUAACUUGCUCAAGCUGGCCAGGAAGGAGCAGUGCUUGGCUCUCGGGACUAGGCUAAGGUCCAAGUACAAGAUCAAGUACCAGUUUUACAGGGUGUUCCCCAAUGGAGAGGUGCAGUACUUGCAUCCUAAGGAUGGUGUCUACCCUGAGAAGGUGAACCCAGGGCGCCAAGGCGUGGGCCAAAAUUUCAGGUCAAUCGGAAAGAACGUUAGCCCAAUUGAGGUCAAGUUCACAGGCAAGCAAGUGUAUGAUUUGUGAUCUGGUAACAUCAUGUAUUUGUGAUUACGUGAAUACUCUACGGUUGUUUGCUGUAAUUGUAUCUCUUCUUCAGGAAACUCUUAAGAGAAGCAAAACCUGUCUUGUGGGUGCACAUCUCUCUUCUCCUUUUCAGAUGGUUAUAUAUCUGGCUACAUCAUUUCAUAUGAA